AUGAAGUGUUCACAAACCGCCUUCAGGUAUAAGGUGAAGGCAGAACUGAUUGCAAAAACCACCAAGAAGAAGAGAGGAAAGUACAAUGUCAAGCCAAAGGACAAUGUUUUGCCCAUUUCGCUGCCUGAGCUGGUCAUGGAUGGCGCGAACAUUCACAUCAACAAAAGUAUGUCAAUCAAACCAGGUUUGCUUGAAGUCUACAAUAUGGUUGUCUGUGGCAUUGUUCCAAGCUCCUGGGAAAAAAUAUUUAGGGACAGAGACGAUAUCGAUGACACCCAAAAAAUAAAGGCUGGGUAUUCUUCCCAACUAGAUAGAUAA